AUGUUAAAGAAGGCCUUUUUGUCACAGUUGGUUAAACUCAGGGAAGACCUCAGUCUCCCGGACUUUGACAUAUCAGGGGAUUUUCAUCAGCUCCUCACCAUGAUGUUUGCCCACAACCUAAAAAGAAGAGCCAGUGUCUGGUUGCUGGUUAAGGAUGAUCUUGUGAAACGAAGUCUGAAGCCCUGUGGCUCUUCACUGCAUAAGUUAAAGAAAACUCUUCCGGAAGGUUUCACUGAACCACCAUUCCAUGAAGGGUUUGACAGUGUCUUGGAGUUUAUGAUGACUUAUAUGCAUGCAGAGCCUGUCCAGCUUUCUGUUCUGUCAUACCUGCUGGAAGACGAAGAAAAUGCUUUGUGCAGGGUAAGUAAUGUGGUAAAGGCUGUGACAACUGCCAUGCUGUGCCACAUGGAGUCUGACUGUGUUCAGCUGACGUCUUGCUACGUACUACAACAACUUCUGACAGCAGGAAACUAUACUGGGAAGGAGAACUCUUGCUUGUGUGGGGAAAGUGUUAUUUUCUGUGUCCUGAAAGCUGCACGGAAUCAUCCAGAGCAUUGGGAUCUGCUGUCCUGUGCAUUUCAGGUCCUCUUCCUCAUCUCGUCGAGUGGUGAGGCAUUUGAUUUAAUUGUCAAAUUGGAAGGUGUUCAGGAUGCUCUAAAUAUGCUAAAGAUCUACCCAGAAAAAGAGGAUAUUGUCAUACCUUGCUGCAAAUUUCUACGGAAUACAUUGGCACAGGGUUGUGGUACACCUGAAACAAUGGCAAGUGCUGUUGAGACAGUGUGCAUGGUAGGAAUAAUGCACAUACAGUCUGCAGAUGUAACCGAGUCCCUGUGCGCAGCACAGCAGUCGCUGGCCAUGCAAGCUCUGUAUGAGGAUAAGAGUAUUGAGAAUGUCACUGGCUUCUUGAUGCGCACACUCAGAGAGCAGACACACCAUUGUGGGAUAGUGAAUCAUGUGUUUGUUGCCAUGGCCAACCUGGUGAAAAGCUCUGAGAUGACGGUUUUCCAGUUUCUCCAUAUACCAAGUGAAGGGAGUGGUGUUCCUCUCAUGAUGGCAGCUAAAAAGCUUCAUCCUGAUGAUCCAAAAGUCACAGUAAACCUCUGCCAUCUUUUCAAACAUCUGGUCCAACAUGAUACUGUGGUUCCUGAAUUACUUGCUGAAAAUGUGUAGGAAGAAUUGGAGCAGAUACCUAAACAGUUUGAGUCCACUGUGGAGAUUGUCAAAAAUGAUGAGCCUUAG